CCAUCGCAAAUACAUUUGUACCAAUACAUCUCUCAUCUGGGUUGUCGUUUCUAUAGCUGAAGAAACUCUUCAAUGGCUGAAAAGAGCAAGGUUUUGAUCAUCGGAGGAACUGGAUACCUGGGAAAGUUCAUUGUGGAAGCCAGUGCAAAAGAGGGUCAUCCCACUUUCGUUUUUGUAAGGGAGUCCACCGUCUCCGACCCUGUUAAGGGAAAACUUAUCGACAACUUCAAGAACUUAGGGGUCCAUUUGUUGUUAGGGGAUAUGUACGACCAUGAGAGUUUGGUCAAGGCAAUAAAGCAAGUUGAUGUGGUGAUUUCGGUUGUGGGUCAAAUGCAGUUAGCAGAUCAAGUUAAGAUCAUUGCUGCUAUUAAAGAAGCUGGGAAUGUCAAGAGAUUUUUCCCAUCGGAAUUUGGAAUGGACGUGGACAAGAACAAUGCGGUUGAGCCAGCAAAAUCGACAUUCGCAAUCAAGGCUCAAAUCCGUCGUGCUGUUGAGGCUGAAGGGAUCCCUUACACUUAUGUGCCUGCUAACUGCUUUGCAGGCUAUUUUCUUCCUACAUUGUCGCAGCCAGGAGCCACCUCUCCCCCAAGAGACAAGGUGGUCAUUCUAGGUGAUGGAAAUCCUAAAGCUGUUUUCAACCAUGAAGCUGACAUCGGAACCUACACCAUCAAAGCUGUCGAUGACCCCAGAACAGCGAACAAGACUCUAUUCAUCAAGCCUCCCAAGAACACCUACUCAUUUAACGAGCUCAUCGCCCUGUGGGAGAAGUUGAUUGGCAAAGCCCUUGAGAAAACAUAUGUUCCUGAGGACCAACUUCUCAAACAGAUCCAAGAGUCUCCAAUCCCAAUCAAUAUUGUGUUGGCCAUCAGUCACUCAAUCUUUGUCAAUGGUGACUGCACCAACUUCGAGAUCGAUCCAUCAUUCGGAUACGAAGCUUCUGAGCUCUACCCUGAAGUGAAAUACACCACUGUGGAAGAAGGCUUCAGUCGUUUUGUUUGAGAAAGCUAGAAAUCAAAUCAGAUCAUUGUUAUUAAACUGAUACCAGUAAUAAUUUAAAAACUGUCACUGAGAGAUUUGUGCAGAGGACUUGAGGAUUCUGUGUGUAUGUAUGUGUGUGUGUAUGUCAUAAAUUUCUCGUUACUAUCAUUCAACAUAAUGCCAAACAUGCUUUUCUUCUUGUGUCGUA